CGUUGCACCAAGAGGACGCAGUUGAAAAUAGAGCUCUGUGGUGCCGGGUCCUGUAGGAGGGUGUAGCGAGACUGGUCCCUGCUUCAGGAAACGCGAAACAGAAAUGAAUACAGCUUACAGCCCUACAUAACCCGCCGAUGACGUUCUGCACUGCAUCGGGAUCAAUAAGAGGGUGUGAUGCCUAGAAAUCUCCUGUCAGACUUUUCUGAAAUGGCAUCUGAAAUCUCUCCAAAUCAUACACUUGGGAGCAUGGAGAGGGGUGGCAGUGUGGAGAAUCACAGCAUCCAAGCUAGGUGCAGAAAUGUUGCCUUGGAUGAUGAGAGUCUGAAAUACUUAACUCAUGAAGAGAAGGACGUUCUCAUGUUCUUUGAAGAAACCAUAGAUGCCUUAGAUGAUGACUUGGAGGAACCAGUCCUACCUGACAGUGGCAUCCACUCUCAAUCUCCAAGGUCAACAGAAGAAAAUGCUUCCAGUCAUUCAGAGACGGAAGAUAUCAUUGACUUAGUGCAGUCUACACCUGACAGUAGUGACCAUGAAGGCCCUCCUACCAGAGAUGCAGAACCAGUGUUGGAUGCUGCCUGGAGAACUGAUAGUCCUAAGCCAGCUGUACCUGCUGACCUUCCCUCGCAUCCCCCUGUACCACCACCACUGCUGACACGUGAGAUGCUUCCUCCUCCUCCUCCUCCUCCUCUUCCCCCUCCAGUGCAGCACCCAAAGCUGCUUCGCUCCAUCCCCACUCCGCUCAUUAUGGCCCAGAAGAUGUCUGAGCAGCAGAUGGAAAGCAGGGUGCGCUUCCCCAGUGCCCUCAAGGAAGGGAAUUCUGAAAGGAAGAAAAGCCCAGUACCCAACGGGGAUUAUCUUGCCCCUCCUAAGCAUCCUCCGCCACCGGUACCCAAACUGCACCGGUUUCCAAGCAACAUUAACAUAACCAACGUUAGCGGUAAAGAAUUCAACGAGACUAUCUCAAAGGCAGCAGUUAAUGUACAGGAGCGGAGAGCUCAGGUGCUGGCCAACAUCAGUGGAGGAGCCCUUCUGGCAGCGGAACUGGAGGAGAAGCUGCAGAAAAACGAUUUGUUAGGACGCAACAGGAGUUCUUCCUUACGGGAUCUCUCCUCUGAACAGACACGAUAUGAGGCCCUGACAAAACUUGGUCUGGUGAAAGGAAGGCCAGCUCCGGACCAAGUGGAUCAUGCUCCACGCACUCAGCAGCUUGAUGAUGUGCAGCCCAAACAGGCAGACACUGUUCCCAAUGGAUAUCAAAACAUCCAUGAGAUUUUAAGAAGUGAGCCCAACCCUUUCCUUCCCCUGGGCAAAACUGUAACAAUCAAACCAGAGGUGACUCUUGCUGCUAGCAAGGUCACUCAGCAGAACACAGCAAAAAGUUUUAAUGUUCAUAACCAAGCUAAUCUAAACCUGGAUAUGAGGAGGAGGUCAGGUUCGCUGCCUCGCCCUUCAGGAUUUCGACCCCAAGGGAUAACGGUAAGGUUUUCUGGACGUGGCUCAACAGAAGAAGCUAGGAGAGAGGCACUUCGGAAACUGGGACUACUGAAAGAGACUGCGUAACCCAUACGGGAAUGCUGCAGAAGUGGAUGGCAAGUCAUAGCUUGGCUUUCUGCUAGAACAGCCCCAACAGGAUUGGGAUUAAAUGGACUGGAAGAAGUAGGGGAGAGCUCUCUGCUUCAGGCAAGCUAAGGAGAUACUAGACACUGGAGCAUGACAGCUAGUGUUUAACCCAGCAAAACUGGCCCAUGUAAAGUCAUGUACAGUGGUGGAUUUCAACCCUCCUUGCUACCACGAUACUCAUUUGUUGUUCUUUGUGACUAUGAAGAUUUUUAUUUAAGUAAUGCUGGACUAUAGCAGCGGGCAUCCUGUUAAUGAAGUGUACAGUGCAGUAUUGUUGUACAUAGCAAAUGGAAUGGAGAAUCUUCCUUUUGCUCUACCUUUCUCAAGCCAAAAAUGAGAGCUCGAGUUGCCUUGUGCGCAUGUGUGUGUCUGUUCAUGAGAGCUUGAGAUGUCAAAACUGAAAAUUUUGACCAGUAUGACCAACUUCUGUGACUGUUUGUCUUAUCUAUAUUAUCUGGCUUUGCUUCCUUCCCUAUCUGUGGUGGGAUCUUCUGUUUCCUUGCUCUGUGUCCCCUCGACUAAAGACUGUACAGAGGGUGGUUUCCAUUUUGACCUUCUCUUUGACAGAAGGGCCCAAGCUUGGAGUUGGCAACUACAUCAUUCUGCUGCUUAGCUUAAAGUCUGCCUUUCCUGCUGGCCACCUGCUUCAUGGUCAUGCUCUAGCAACCUGCUUGCCUGAUGAAAGGCACCAGAUAGACCUGAAGGAUAUGCGCAGUGCGUCGCUUUUAGCACUGACAGCCAAAGUGUCUCUUGACAAUCUGUAACCCCAACUGUUCUGUACUGGUGACGGUGUUACUAGCAGAGAAGCCAUAGGAACAAGUCAACUUUGUACCAAAUGAGACAACCUUAUGUCGAAAGUCUUAACUUUGACGUUAGGGUUCACAAGAAGAGACUGUUACUUUUCAAACAACAGCUGUACCUCACUGAACGGCUGUGAUUAAGUUCUGUUAUUUCUAAUAACUGUCUCAUGAUCUUCCCUGUAGCUUGAAAGCCCUCACAAUCCUCUGUUUGGAGACAGCCUUAUUUGACUGUGCCCUGCCAAUACAUGACAGAAGUUAGCCAAAACUCUUGCAGGCUAAGUGGAGUUGCAGAACAGGUCUGUGUGUAAGAGCACAUAGUUCCCGAAUGGUCCAAGAUGGCACAUGUUGCCUUUAUGCAAUGGAUGUGCUUUUAAAGAUGGUCCCAAAAAAAUACUUACAUGUUAGUUGGUAUGAUUUUUUUUUUUGUAUAGGGCAAAGCUGCUCUUCCAGAAGAAAACUCCUUUCCCUUCUUGCUCAUCCCCAAACCUCACACAUAGCCAUUUUAAAAACAAAAUGCCAAAAUCGACGCCCUCCAAAAUCCCUCUUGUUACUCCUGCAUGUGUGGUGGUCCUCAAACUUUUUGCUAAAGGGGAAAACUUGCUUGUUCUCUGCACUUUCUAGGGCCUCAAGCAACCCCCUCUUUUUUUCCUUGGUAGCUGAGUAAUAAGCCUUGGACAAGGGGAGGGGAGUGGCUGUACAGAAACCAACACACCCUUCAUACAGGAGCUCUGACAUAACUGUGAUAAACAACGUUGUAUUUCCUGUGAUAAAGUAUUUCAGACUUGCUGAGCUGUACUUGUAAAUUAAGCUGUUGUGAAGGAAAAUCUUUCCAUAAUUGUCAGCCUGCCUCAGAAGUUAAAGUAUUUUUUUUUUUAAUUAUCUGCUUGCUGCUUAAAUUUUUAAUUGCAUUGUUAUGGUAUCUGGCUCAUUCUGUUACGUAGUUUUUCUUGUCAGCCUUUUCAUGGGCGGGGGGGAGCGAUCCUGUUCCUCAUCGUGGCAGGCGUACUGUACAAAGCAGUCGGUAAUUAAAAAAUGUGACCGUUCCUCAGUUGGGCAGAGCACUUAAGCAUGCAUAAUCAAGUGUGCAAAGUCCAAGUGAAGCAGAAAAGGCUGUUUCAGCACAGUAAGUAAAGCACAUACUUUGCUGGAACCUGCAUCUGUAGUCUUAAACCAGAAAGAUGAAGAAGCACAGAAAUCCAAGGACCCGCAGCAACGCUACGUGCAGUGGAGUUCCACGUGUGGCUAAUACGGUGCUGCUGUGUCGUAAUUUAGAAAAGUCUUCAGAGUAAAUUUAAAUAUUCCAUGGAUUCCUGUGCUUUUAAAUCCCAUUAAAGAUAAUUUUACGUUAUGAAUGUGAAGUGUGUACAAAGCAAUCUUCACAUCUAAUCGUUUCUUGCCAGUAACAAGCUCUUCUCGCAUGGUGUUUACAGUUGAGAGUCCAUGCUUAAACUCUGGCAUUGCUUGUUUCAUCGAAGUUCAGCCCUACUCAACAGCUGUGUAACAUAACACUAUUUAAAAAAAAAAAAAAUUAGAUGUU